AUGCGUCUGAGCUCGGACUACAAUUUGGCGCUCUUCAAGGGGCUGGACGACAUUUCACUGGAAGUGGCCCACCCGUCGGUGCUGGACCGCCCGUCGCUGAACAUUCCAUCCAGCGGGUUGGUGCCCAAGGACCACCAGCUCUUCACCGUGCACCUGCCCUGUCGGCCUGGCGUCACCGCCGAGACGGACGUCCGGCUCAAGAUCAGCCUGCUGCUGCCCAGGCAGCUGCCGCUCCGGCGCAAGAAGACCAACACCCUGCUGGUGUUCCGCCGCGGGCGCGUCUGCCGCGCGAAGGUCACGCCGACGGUAGCGCCGCUCGGCGGCGGUGACGUGAUGCUGGAGGACGCAGCCGGCCCCACCCGGCUGGGCGACCCGCCGGCCGACGACGAGACGCCCUCCUCUGGCGUGCUGUACAUGGCCGUCGGCAGCUCGUGCGGCGUCAUACUGGUCAUCAUGAUCAUGCUGGCCCGCAUGUGGCCUGCACACUCGUCGUACACCAGCCAGAAGGCGGUGACCACGCCGCUGGGUCAGACCAUAGGUCACAGCCACAGCCUGGGCUCGCGCGGCGGCGCGGCCGGCUUCGUCCAGACGCUGAGUCACAGCGUGAGCCAGGGCCUGAGCCACAGCUCUGGCCAGAGCUCUGGCCAGCCGAGCGUGGGCCACAGCUUCGGCCACAGGGUGCGGGACGUGGGCGAGCGCGUCUCGGAGCUGAUGGUGGACCGGCGACGCGUCGAGCUGGAUACGGUGCUGGAGGAGGGUACCUUCGGCCGGAUUGCCACCGGCUGGAUGGCCGACUCUGACGCCGGCGAGAAGAAGAGGCGCAUCAUCAAAUAUCUGAUGGGGCAGCUAAAGCGAGCAUUCCUUAUUCAAGUCAGCACAGGUCGGUGCGUGGAGGAGACCCAUCGUCAGGCGCGGUCCGGCCACUGA